AUGUGGAUUCAAAUGUGCUUACUAGAAAUGUUCUCCUGUUCUCUCCAUGCUACUCUGGAAUCAAUCAAAUCAAUUUCACGCCGUCGAUCGAAAGAUUCUUUUUGGUACAAAUGCUUGGCGCCAUCGCGAUUGAAGCGUGUUCAUCAUGGGAUUUAUGGAGAUUGUAAUUUUCUAAGAAUGAAAGAUACAUUUAAACGACAUUGUAUUGUGAAAAGCAGUCUAUCAUUAACUCACGUUUGCAUUUUGCUUCACUUAAUUGAAGUUAAAAUGUUAAUUUUUAUUCUGUAA